GUAAGGGCGGGGCUGUAGCUCCGGAGUCGGCGGGCGCAGGAUGUGAGCUCACAGCUGAGAUUGCAGGCUGCCACAGGCCAGAGGCAGCGCGGAGUCCGCUCGCCGCUCGCCUGAGAGGAGAGGCGCCCCCGCGGACGCACUGAGAGUAUGAGGCCCUGGCCUCUGUGGGCCACUCAUUCGUGACUACUUCCACCACGGCAGAGCCUUCCAAGCCUACCUCCUGCCGUGUGGUGAUCUACCUGCAGCGGGAGAUGUCCGGGGACACCUGUCUGUGCCCAGCCUCAGGGGCCAAGCCCAAGAUAAGCGGCUUCAAGGGAGGCGGGCUGGGCAACAAGUACGUGCAGCUCAACGUGGGCGGCUCCCUGUACUACACUACAGUCCGGGCCCUCACUCGGCAUGACACUAUGCUCAAGGCCAUGUUCAGUGGGCGCAUGGAGGUGCUGACCGACAAAGAAGGCUGGAUCCUCAUAGACAGAUGUGGAAAGCACUUUGGCACCAUCUUGAAUUACCUCCGAGAUGACACCAUCACCCUCCCUCAAAACCGGCAAGAGAUCCAGGAAUUGAUGGCUGAAGCAAAAUAUUAUCUCAUUCAAGGGCUAGUGAACAUGUGCCAGACUGCACUGCAGGACAAGAAAGAGUCCUACCAGCCUGUGUGCAACAUCCCUAUCAUCACAUCUCUGAGAGAGGAGGACAGGCUCAUCGAAUCUUCCACAAAGCCUGUGGUGAAGCUGCUGUACAACAGGAGCAAUAACAAGUACUCAUACACCAGCAACUCUGAUGAUCAUCUGCUGAAAAACAUUGAACUGUUUGACAAGCUGUCUUUGCGCUUCAAUGGCCGCGUGCUCUUCAUCAAGGACGUCAUUGGUGAUGAAAUCUGCUGCUGGUCUUUCUAUGGCCAGGGUCGUAAGCUGGCAGAGGUGUGCUGCACCUCCAUCGUGUAUGCCACCGAGAAGAAGCAGACCAAGGUGGAAUUCCCAGAGGCCCGAAUCUAUGAGGAGACACUCAAUGUCCUACUCUAUGAGACCCCUCGAGUCCCUGACAAUUCCUUGCUGGAGGCCACAAGUCGGAGCCGCAGCCAGGCUUCCCCCAGUGAAGAUGAGGAUACCUUUGAACUGCGGGACCGUGUCCGCCGCAUUCACGUCAAGCGCUAUAGCACUUACGAUGACCGGCAACUUGGCCACCAGUCUGCUCAUCGAGACUAAUGGGACCUUUAGGAAGUCAGAGCACAAGAAGCCAUGUCUGCUCUCCUGUGGAACACACCCCAUUGGCCACCCUAUGCUGCUCCUGCUAGCUGGGAGCCUGCUUUAGCAAGUAGCGGUGCCAGGCCCUGCUUGGGAGAUCAGGGAGCCCAGCAGAGGAAAGGCCACGUUGUCUUACCUGGUCCUCCUCCCCCAUCAGAUGCCACCCCACUUCCUGCCCAACAGGGAGCUACUUCUGCUCUAGGGUGAGUGCACUGACUUCCACCUCCUGCCAAGAACAUUCCCCAGGCCCUUGGCUGAGUGCUCCUUUCCUCUGCUGAAGAGCUCCUUCAGUUCCUCAGCUGAGGCCCAUGGGAACAGCUUUGUUCUACUGGAAAGGAGGCUUCUGGUGCUGCAAGGACCCAAUUUUGAACAGAAAGGGCAGCCUUUUUUUUUUCCUAAGAUGUUUAAGCAUAGGUAUGGCCUGAUUUUUUUUGUUUGUUUGUUUUGUUGUUGUUUUUAAAUCUAGAUGUUAGCAUGGUGGCCUUGCCUAUAAUCCCAGCUAUGGAGAGGCUGAGGCAGGAUAAAAGGUUAUAGGCUAGCCUGGACAACUUAGCAAGACUGUCUCAAUAUAAAGUUUUAAAAAGAGGGCUAGUGGCAUAGCUUAGUGGUAGAAUACUUACCUAGUAUGAGUGAGGCCCUGGGUUCAAUCCCCAGUACUGCCACACACACAAAGUAUCUAGGAAAUGACUAGUUUCUAGUCUGAUGAGGGACAACCUAGGACUAAGCAUUUGUUACCCCUGCAGGAUGCCAGGCCCCCACCUAGACAGAUCCCUGCCCACCCCACCCAACCCCCACACUCCACCCUUUUUAAUGCCCUAGGACUCAUCUUUAAAGCACUUUGUAUAUCUGUCAUUCAGGAGCCUAUUCUGCCUUGAUCCAAAGCUUUUUCUGACACUAAUCCCCUCUUGCAGAAUCUGAGGGAAGGGAUAAAGAAGCAGUUAGUAGCCAGGUGUGCUGGCAUAUGCUAUAAUACCAGCACUCAAAGGCUGAGGCAGGAGGAUCAUAAGUUUGAGACCAGUCUGUGCUAUGUAGUUAAAGUUCCAGGCUAGCCUGGGCUAUGUAGAGACUUUGUCCCAAGAAAAAAAGCAAACUGACUAGCUUUGGCUUUGUCAAUGUGACUGGCCAGCCCAAAGAACACCCAACAGGGAAGGAUGCCCAAGAUGAGACCGUGGUUUUAAUAGCUUCCUAUGGGAAAAGAUACCUCACCCCCUGUAGGGCCAAAUCACUGACUCAGACCUAACACGAUCGUUUGCUUUGGGUCUCAUACUUGGGUAUGCUCAGCUCUAAGACAUGCUCUCCCCGCAGUCCAUAAAGCCAAAAGCUGUGCUGCAGGCCUGAAACACAAGCUGCAGCAGGAGGCUGUGGAGCAAACUCUUGGAGCCCCAUGCUGCCAGCACUGCCCACAGAUGUGGCCCAGGCUCGGCCAUACUUUUGCCCAGCUCCUGACAUCAUGUUUGGUUUAUGUUCUGGCUCUGGUGGUGGUUCUGUUUAGUGAUGAGGCUCCAAAUACAUAGUAACCAGGGCAACUUAAGCCUUUUUAAAGGCCCAAAUUUCUUUUGGGUCACUUGAUCAUAGAGGUACCAAGGUCUAGACUAGACAUGAAUUAUUCCUCUGGGCUUUGGUUUUCCUCCCCUUCUUUGCUGGUCUUGGCCCUCUUAACUGGAUUCUUUCCAGAGGAAUGUUGUCACUGGAGAGAGCUGUUUGCAAGCCUGACAAAGUGUGUGGCCAUCAGCAGCAGCAGUGCUCAGGAAGGGACAGAGGUUGUCAGCUUCAUCCCUUGACCACUUUUAUAAUUGCCAAAUGGCUGCACAUAGCUCACCUCUCAGAGCCUAUGGGCAGAUGCCAGGCCCAGGGUUGGGCUCUCACAAGGCCCUGACAUGACACAAUAGAGCAGGAGAAAUGUGACUAAGUAAUCAAGCCUUUGAUGUGAAUCUUGAAUGUAUAGAUAGCUCUAAGAUGCUCAGGUCAGGCACCGUGGUGAUCAGCAGCUAUUAGUUCUUCCAGAUCUCACUGGAAGUGAGAUGACAAUCAAUUUUUUGGCCAAAUUUAGGCUUUGGCUUUGAGGCUUUCCCAGACUUUGGAAUGUUGUAGCAUGAGGCCACUGACUAUUUUCUCAGCUGUCCCCAAGAAGCCCUCUAAUAUUCACAUUCCUGGCUCCCUGCUGCGUAUUUCCGGGUUGUUCCUUGACCUCCACAUCCCCUUUAGCCUCUACUUGGUGCUUUGACAUCCAUAUCCUCGUAUUUCCAGUUUGUUCCUUAACCUCCUCAUCCCCUUUAGCUUCUACUUGGUGCUUUGACAUCCAUAUCAGUGGUGUCUAGUCCUUGGGCCUAAGGUAGCACAGCAAGAGUCCAGGGCUGGGCAUUCAUCCUCUUUGACGGAAAACAUCUCCUUGGUUUAAGAAAAACACUAACACUGAAGUGAUUGUGCUUCUUUGCUUAGACUCUGUGGCUUAGGGGUUUGUGGGAUUUCCCAGUCCUCUUCCUACAGUGGCUCUUGGAAGGAUGAAAUUUUCGAUUACAAGCAGCCCGGGGGAGUAAACACAAGUAUGGAUGAAGGUCAAACUGGGAGCUGUUAACAGACACCAGCAACGGGCUCUGCUGAACUUGGGAUGGAUGUGACUGGUCUACCUAAAGGGUAGCACAGGUUCUGUCGUGAAAGAAUGUGUCUUACUUAAUGCAUACCUGCAAUCCUUGGUUGCUUACCCUAAGUGAUAGAAGUAAACACUAACUUCUAAUAAAAUUGUGUCACACUGCAA